CGGUCGCGCUCCCGCUCCGCUCGCACGGGCUCCCGCUGCACCGGCGCUGGACAUGGGCUCCGCGGGCACCCGUCCCGCUCUGGCGGCCGCUCUCCUCUGCCUGGCCCGCCUGGCUCUGGGCUCGCCCUGCCCCGCCGUGUGCCAGUGCCCGGCGGCCGCGCCGCAGUGCGCCCCGGGCGUGGGGCUGGUGCCGGACGGCUGCGGCUGCUGCAAGGUCUGCGCCAAGCAGCUGAACGAGGACUGCAGCCGAUCGCAGCCCUGCGACCACACCAAGGGGCUGGAGUGCAACUUCGGGGCCAGUCCCGCCGCCCUGAAGGGCAUCUGCAGAGCACAGUCCGAGGGAAGACCGUGUGAAUAUAACUCCAAAAUCUACCAGAACGGCGAGAGCUUCCAGCCGAACUGUAAACACCAGUGUACGUGCAUAGAUGGAGCUGUGGGCUGCAUCCCGCUCUGCCCGCAGGAGCUCUCUCUUCCCAACCUGGGCUGCUCCAGCCCCAGGCUGGUCAAAGUCCCCGGGCAGUGCUGCGAGGAGUGGGUCUGUGACGAAAGCAAGGAUGCGCUAGAGGAGCUGGAAGGCUUUUUCAGCAAAGAGUUUGGUCCGGAUGAUUCCGAAGGCGAACUAACCAGGAACAAUGAGCUAAUUGCCAUUGUAAAGGGAGGCCUGAAAAUGCUACCUGUUUUUGGAUCCGAGCCACAAAGCCGAGCUUUUGAGAAUCCCAAAUGCAUUGUGCAAACAACCUCUUGGUCCCAGUGCUCAAAGACAUGUGGAACUGGCAUCUCCACAAGGGUGACAAAUGACAAUCCUGACUGCAAGCUCAUCAAAGAGACCAGGAUAUGUGAAGUGAGGCCAUGUGGCCAGCCCAGCUAUGCCUCUCUAAAGAAGGGAAAAAAAUGUACCAAGACAAGGAAGUCCCCCUCCCCCGUGAAGUUUACUUAUGCUGGAUGUUCCAGUGUGAAGAAGUACCGCCCCAAGUACUGUGGCUCCUGUGUGGAUGGCAGGUGCUGCACACCCCAGCAGACCAGGACUGUCAAGGUCAGGUUCCGCUGCGAUGACGGGGAAACCUUCACCAAGAGUGUCAUGAUGAUCCAGUCCUGCCGAUGCAACUACAACUGUCCGCAUGCAAAUGAAGCCUAUCCCUACUACAGACUAGUCAACGACAUUCAUAAAUUUAGGGACUAAGUUGUGUUGGGGGUGGGAUGCAAAACAGAAUUUUGAAGUACCCAGCCAUGGAGAAAGGACCUUUGAUGGAAGUGGUGCCUUGCCCAUUUGGGGGCAACAUCUAGAUGUUACAGGAGUGCACUGUGCAACUGGACACUAAUGCAACAGAGAUUUAAGCAUACUUAAAGCUUCAUAAUACUGGAGCAACUUUACUGCUUCUUUUUGGAGCACCUUAUCUAAUUAUAUACUGUUUUCUGUUUGUAAGUGAUCAGAUAAAUGUUUUGUUCCGGUUAUGAAAACUUUCCUAUCCUGUUCAAUUUAACACUGCUUCUCCCCCUCCCUUCAAUCUUCUCCCACCCUUUCCCAACUAAGUUGGAAGUUACAUUCCUUCCUGAGGUGGGCACUUGUGGGGUGUUCACAGUGGCAGCUAUUAUGUACCAACUGUAGUUUAAUGGCAAACAGAAAUCAGUUGUUUUAAAGCUGAGUAUUUUAUUUAUCGAACUGUAGCUUUUUGUUUGUUUGUUUCCUCUGAGUUUUUUUUACCCCUUUCAGCCCCUGUAAUACUGGAAUAAGUUGUAAAUGAUUUUAAUUUUAUAUUCAAUGAAUUAAAAGAAUUUAUUUAUGGAA